AUGGCUUCCAACGGUUCCACCACCUCAGCGCACAUCAAUGUCUCACAUCCUGUAAACAGAGCAGCAGAGCGCAGUAGCUGGACACCUGAAAUGGAUGCGAAGCUACGGGCUGAGAAGCCCGACACCAUGUCCCAGAAGAGCAGUAAAGCCAUUGGCGAGGAAUUCUUCCCUCAUGGAAAACGCUCACUAUCAGGCAUUGCCAUGCGUGCAUUCUGUCUUGGUGCUGCCUUCGUCCUUGGCCUCGGGCUGACGAUUCUACUCGCAUAUCAUGGCAGCCGUCUAUGGCGCCCCUUCCUCUUCCUCUCCACCCUCUCCGUCUUCCACUUCCUCGAGUUCUACACCACGGCCGCCUACAACACCCCCGUCACCAACGUCGCCUCGUUCCUCCUCAUCAAUGGCGAUCAGUACCAGCAAGCCAAUUCCAUGGCAUUCCUCGAGACAUUCAUCACCUCCUACUUCUUCUCCAAUUGGCAGGCUCGUUUCCAUUCUCCACUCGUCAUCGCGCUGGGCAUCGUGAUGAUCGCCAUCGGACAAUUCGUCAGGAGCAUAGCCAUGGCACAAGCCGGCACCAACUUCAACCACAUUGUGCAGUCUCGUAAGAAUGCCGGCCAUGAGCUCGUCACCCAUGGCGUGUACGCCUACUUCCGCCAUCCCUCCUAUUUUGGCUUCUUUUGGUGGGGCAUCGGCACGCAGGUCAUGCUGGGCAAUGUUUUUUGCUUCUGCGCCUAUAUUGGCAUUCUGUGGUUCUUCUUCAUGCGUCGCAUUAAACACGAAGAAGAACACUUGGUCGAGUUUUUUGGCGAUGAGUACACGGAGUACAAGGCGCGUACACGGACCUGGAUACCUUUUAUCAGAUAG